CAAAACCGAGCCGGCUAGGGUUGCACCCCUGCUCAGCCUCGCCUCGCACGCAGGCUCGCAGCCUCCGGCUCUCCCCCGCGACACGACACCGCCGCCGCCCACCGUCUCUACCAUCGCCGCUUACCGUCUCCGCCGCGCCCCUCCGGCAAAGCUUACCCCGGUUCGUUUCCCCUGCCUUGCCGCGCGCAUCAGCAACCCCCCGCGCGAGGAGGGCUCGUAUCGACAUCUCAGAUGUUUGGGCGAAAUGAUUUGGAAAAAUUCCUUCCAUAGCAUUGCAAGGUCACCACUUGGUAAAUACCAUUAAAAGGUAGCUGCCCCAUAAAAGCUUCUUUGGUCCAAUUGUUGAUUUGAUGCGUACUUUACGUGUUUUUCUUCAUUUGAGGAACAACACCGGACCGGACGGACAGCCGCCGCCACCGCGUUCUCACACGCCGUCGGCCAUGUCGCAGCGGCCGCGGCCGGAGGCGGGUUCUACGGCGGAGGGAGACGAGGAGCAGCGGCUUCGGGCGGCGCUGCGUCACCUGCAGGCGGAGGCGGGGGUGCUCGAGCGCCUGGUGUACAAGCACCGGAACCAGCACCGCGGCGCCGCCUACUUCCAGUACCUCCUCAAGGUGGGGAGGGACCUGAAGCUGCUGCUUGGCGCCGGGCUCGCCGAGGUCCUUAACGCCGUGUUCCCCGUCCUCGCAUGCCGCAAGCCGGCCAACACGGUCCUCGUCCCGACCAAGCAGACUAAGAAGAAACCUGGUGCAAACCACAGCCAUCAUGAGAGGCUUUUGGGUGUUGCCCGCUUGUUAUCCCAGAUGGCUGAACCUGUUAUGAAGGCAGCAACUCAGAUAACAUUUUUACUUGCUAGAUCAUUCUUCAUUGAUCUUUGUACAGCAGUGCUUUCUUUGCUUGCACGAAUAAGGGUCCUGGUCCAACAGAUGUUACUUGAUGUUGUAUCAUUAUAUAAUAAGGUUACAGAUCUUACUGAUAGGAAGCAGGCUGUUAAGAUUAGCAUCGGUGGAGUGCAGGCUUUCAGAGAGUACUACCCCUCUACGAAUGAUGCCUGCACAAUUCUGGAUUGUGUAUGGGUGAAAGAUAAAUUUGUUUUGCAUGAAAAGAUGAAAGGUAGCUGUCAGGAAACCCAAGUUGAGGAUCAGAAGUCCUUUGGUCCUGAAUCUUCAAUCCAGUAUGAGACGCUUGCACUCAUUAGUGAAGAUACACCAAACUUUGAAGAAACAAACCAGACAGCCAAACAGGCAGGUGCUGCUGCGGCUGAUCAACCAGAUAAAAUGAACCAUUGCAGUGAUGCUGGAGGUUCUCAAAGUGGGAGGCAACUGGAAAAUGAAAGUGGUGCUUGUUCAGUUCCUGACACCCUUAGUACUCGUAUGCAUUCAGUUCCACACCUGAACCUCAAGCAUGAGACUAGGAAGAGAGUAGCAUUCGUUGCUGUUGGAAAUCCAAAGGUUCCUGGUGCAGCCUCAGAAACAAAAUCAUCAGAAGUAAACAAGAAGCAAAGACUAGACAUGAUUUCACAGACCUCUGUAGAAUCUGGACUCUAGAGCAAAUUGCUGAUUCUGAGUACGCAGAAAAGUCCAUCCUUUAAUGUGUGUGGAAAUUCCCUCUUCUUCAUCAAGGGGAAGAACAAUGGAUACGAAAAUGAUAAUGCAGCUUCAAGAUACAGCAAAACCUGAAACGAUUUGUACUGUAGAAGGGGUCACUAUUAACUUAGAGUUUCUGAAGCAGGCCGUUUUUAUUGUUUCUUAACCAAAUUUACAAUGAGCUCCAAGAUUAUUUUUGUAGAGUUUGUGUAUUUGGGAGAUAUCCAUGUUUAUGUCAAUGUUCUGUAGCACAAUUUCAUAUAAUUGAAAGUUUUCUCCAAACGAGCA